GGCACACGGUGCAAGGCUGAGUCUUCUCUUGGCCAUAAGGAGGAGUGAGCUGGAGGAUAAGCGAAUCGCUACGGGGACGCGCGUCAUGUGCUGCAAGGCUUGGCUUGAGAUUUGAGCACGAGCGUUAAAUUGAUCAGAUGCUCUAAAGCCACCAGCUGAUCUGAGGAGGAUUGCGCUCGAGACCCCGAGUCUCCGUUUGCGUUUCUUCGCCAAACAAAAACAAAAACAACAACAAAAAAAACAAAACAAAAAACAAAAAAAAAAACAACUAACUUUCAAGGUGAAAUAAUCGCCUCUGGACCGCUCGUCGUCCACUUAGGCGACAGGAAGCGGAGCUUUUCUAGGGGGGGCUUAAGGCGAUGGGUGCCUCUUGGUUCCUCUCGGUUACUAGUGCCACCGAAGAUGCGAGCUCGAGCUCCAAUCCACGCGCUCCGGCGCCUCUCCAAAACUGAAGAUGCUUCUUUCAACGACCGCUGACCGCAAGAGAUCAUCAUCAUCAUCAUCAUCAUCAUAUCUUGACAUAGUGUUUUUCUUUUUCCCAGAGCUCGCUCACGCUCACGCCCACCUCACUGGGCCGAUAUGUCUCUAAAAAAACAAGCAAACUUAAAUAAUUUUUUUAAGAUAUUUAAAUAAAUAAACAAAUGUCACCGAGGUGUGGAUUUAUUGGGGAAGCCCCGUCGUCUGCAUUUGCGAGUGUAAUCCGAGAGUUUGGCGGAGGGGAGGCUGAAUAUUGCCAUGCUAUACCAAACAUUGCGGAUACCACAGAAAUAAAUUAAUUAUUAAAAGGUUUUCACCAUUUUUCUAUACUAUUUUUAUCCUGUGGAUGUGAAAAAACGAGUAUGCAACCAAGAAAAACUCAUUAGACCUGAUUGCAACAUUUUUAAAUGGCAAUGUAUAUGCAAUUCCUGUAAUGCAUUAACGUAGUUAUGUUACCAGUAUCUUUAUAUACACCUUGCAAAUUUGCCAGGCGAUCCAGACCGGGCUGUUGAGACGGAAAACACUUCGUAAAAUGUGGAUCCUACCCUCCUGAGGAAAAUAAGCCGUCGACAUCUUAUCAAUUAUAUGUUUGACUAUUUCUUUUAUGUUUAUCAGACACGAACUGUUGAGCUGACAGCACCGUUGAAAGGACAUACUACUCAUCCACCAGUCGCUAUAUCUGAGUCCCUUUUUGGCGUUGGCACACGCGCGCGCGCACACAUUUCCAUCCACUUUGAUCUCGUUUGGUGUUUUAUGAUGGACGUUUCUUAGCCAUGGAGAUCUGAACGGGGCAGAUCUGAAUGUCUGUGUGCGCUGUGUUGAGGCGGAUGGGGUGUAAUGUGGUGUUGUCACCCUGAGACUUCACCCCCUUCUUGGCUGUUUCGUAACGAUUGGCGUUUGGUGUCUACAGAAUGGCUCGGUUCGGAGACGAAGUGCCGUCCAGGUACGGCGGCGGGAGCUCUUGUCAGGGGGGACCCGGACGCGGCGGCAGCAGGCAAGGCGGCCCGCCAGGGGCCCAGAGGGUGUACAAGCAAUCGAUGGCCCAGAGAGCCCGGACGAUGGCCCUCUACAACCCGAUCCCGGUCCGACAGAACUGCCUGACGGUCAACCGCUCUCUGUUUCUCUUCAGUGAGGACAACGUAAUAAGAAAAUACGCCAAAAAGAUCACCGAAUGGCCUCCGUUUGAGUGGAUGAUUUUGACCACCAUCAUUGCCAACUGCAUCGUACUGGCUCUUGAACAACACUUACCAGAUGGAGACAAAACUCCACUGUCAGAACGAUUGGAUGACACGGAGCCGUAUUUUAUUGCUAUUUUUUGUUUUGAGUCGGGCAUCAAGAUUUUGGCACUUGGAUUCGCCUUUCACAAGGGCUCCUACCUGAGAAACGGCUGGAACGUGAUGGACUUUGUAGUGGUGCUCACAGGUAUCCUGUCCUCCGUGGGGUCAGAAUUAGACCUGCGGACAUUGCGAGCAGUCAGAGUGUUGCGGCCACUGAAAUUAGUGUCAGGAAUUCCAAGCCUGCAGGUGGUGCUCAAGUCCAUUAUGAAGGCCAUGAUUCCAUUGCUGCAGAUUGGUGUGCUCUUAUUUGUGGCCAUCCUAAUGUUUGCCAUCAUUGGCCUGGAGUUUUACAUGGGCAAAUUCCACGAAACCUGCUUUGACAAUGUCACAGAUGAGAUUUUUGAUGAACAGCCCUGUGGUAAGGCACUGCCCGCAAGGGUGUGUCCGACCGGGACGCAGUGUAAGGGCUACUGGGAGGGGCCAAACAAUGGCAUCACACAGUUUGACAACGUCCUCUUUGCUGUGCUGACAGUUUUCCAGUGCAUCACUAUGGAGGGUUGGACUGACAUGCUUUAUUACAGUAAUGAUUCCUUAGGGAGUGCCUGGAACUGGAUGUACUAUGUUCCACUCAUCAUCAUCGGAUCCUUCUUCAUGCUCAAUCUGGUGUUGGGUGUCCUCUCUGGUGAGUUUGCUAAAGAGAGAGAGCGUGUGGAAAACAGGAGUGAGUUUCUCAAGCUCAGACGUCAGCAACAGAUCGAGAGAGAACUCAACGGAUAUCUAGAGUGGAUCUGCAAAGCAGAGGAGGUUAUACUUGCCGAGGAUGACACUGGCACCGGUGACAGAAGUCGUCGCAGGCCCACAUUAAAGAAAAACAAAGCUGACCUGUUAAAUCCAGAAGGGGCGGAGGACCACAUGGGAGACGUAGUUGGCUCACCUUUUGCUCGUGCGAGCAUAAAGAGUGGAAUGGGUGAUGGAACCACAUUCAACAAAAAAGAACGGCGUCUCCGUUUCUUCAUUCGAAAGAUCGUAAAGACGCAGGCAUUCUACUGGACUGUGCUCAGUCUGGUGGGACUCAACACAUUGUGUGUGGCUGUCGUACACUACGAUCAGCCUGAACUACUGUCAGACUUUCUCUAUUAUGCUGAGUUCAUUUUCCUAGGCCUCUUUAUGUCAGAGAUGCUGAUUAAGAUGUACGGACUGGGGACGCGGCCUUAUUUCCACUCCUCAUUCAACUGUUUUGACUGUGCCGUCAUCGUUGGCAGCAUAUUUGAGGUGGUUUGGGCCAUGGUUAAGCCGGGGGCGUCCUUUGGAAUCAGUGUGUUACGUGCUCUCAGACUGCUUCGGAUCUUCAAAGUCACCAAGUACUGGGCAUCUCUACGAAAUCUUGUUGUGUCUCUUCUGAACUCCAUGAAGUCCAUCAUCAGUUUACUUUUCCUUCUUUUCCUCUUCAUUGUGGUCUUCGCUCUUCUUGGCAUGCAGCUUUUUGGUGGACAGUUUAACUUUCAGCAAGGCACUCCUCCCACAAACUUUGAUACGUUCCCUGCUGCCAUAAUGACAGUGUUUCAGAUUCUAACAGGUGAGGACUGGAAUGUGGUGAUGUAUGACGGCAUUGAGUCUCAGGGAGGGGUGGACAAAGGAAUGGGCUUCUCUGUGUUCUUCAUCGUCCUCACGCUCUUUGGCAACUACACACUUCUGAAUGUAUUCUUGGCUAUCGCUGUAGACAACCUGGCCAAUGCUCAGGAACUUACAAAGGAUGAACAGGAGGAAGAGGAGGCCACGACUCAGAAGAUCGCUCUGCAGAAAGCGAAAGAAGUAGCAGAAGUCAGUCCACUGUCUGCUGCCAAUCUCUCAAUCGCUGCUAAAGAGCAGCAGAUGAACUCGAAAGUUUCCAAGUCGGUUUGGGAACAGCGCACAAGCGAGAUCCGCAGACAGAACCUGAUGACCAGCAGAGAGGCGCUUUAUAAUGAACUUGAUGCAGAGGACCACUGGAAGAUGAACUUCCGCAACCGUCCUGAAAUGAAGACCCACCUGGACCGCCCACUAGUUGUCAAUCCUCAGGAGAACCGCAACAACAACACCAACAAGCCCAGGCCGGGUGACCCGAGCCCCCAGGAUGGUGAAGAAUACCUGCAGCACCAGCCCCGAUAUCACCACCAUCAUCAUCAUCAUCAUCACCAUCACCAUCAUACACACUCCAGCCGCCAGUCCCUACACCAACCAGAGCUGGGGGACGCAGGCUGUGAUUAUGCCCAGAGAGGAGAGGACGUGGAGGGCGCAGGGGAACACAGGCAACCCCGACACCACCAGCACAGAAGGAGGGAUGAAGAUGGAGGAGAAAGAGGCAGGAGACACAGAGAGCACCACAGUAGAGGAGGAGAGAUGGGAGGAGAGGGGGAGGAGGGGCAAGAAAAGAAGCAGAGGAGGCGUCGCCAUGGAAACCACGGGGAUGGAGAUGGAAGGAGGGAUAGGGAACGGAGUCGACAGCAUCGAGCUAGAAAAGAGGGAAGUCUGUCCACCUCCCGACAGAUCCAGCCAGGUCUUCCUCAUGGACAGAGCCAGUACAGCGAGGAUCUGGACAACCUGCGCAACAGCAGCAAGAUGGCCAUCCAUGACCCUGACCCUGACCCUGACUUUUAUGACCCUUACUGUGAUCCAGAGCAGACCAAUAACCUGCUGAACCUGGGAGGACCAGAUCUCCAUGACAGCAGUCUCAUUCUAACAGAUACCCCGAGAAAGGUUGACCACACUGCCAUAGAUAUGCCUCCCAUUUACCCCUCACUCAAUGCCAAGUUACAAGUGAAUAAGAAUGCCAACACAGAACCGGCUAAAGAAGGAGAGAAGAAAGAGGAGGAGGAAGACAACGGCGGUGACGAAGAUGGACCCAAACCUAUCCCGCCAUUUAGUUCAUGUUUUAUACUUUCCACCACCAACCCGUUCCGGAGAUGCUGUCACUACAUCCUGACAUUGCGAUAUUUUGAGAUGUGUAUUCUAUCGGUCAUCGCUAUGAGCAGCAUUGCUUUGGCUGCAGAAGACCCGGUGUGGCCUGAAUCACCUCGAAACAAUGUUUUACGUUACUUUGACUAUGUCUUCACCGGUGUGUUCACCUUCGAGAUGCUUAUCAAGAUGGUGGUGUUAGGCUUGGUUUUGCACGAGGGCUCAUAUUUUCGUGACCUUUGGAACUUUCUGGACUUUGUAGUGGUUAGUGGUGCCCUGGUAGCCUUUGCCUUUACGGGGAGCAGUAAGGGGAAAGAUAUCAGCGUUAUCAAGUCUCUGAGGGUCCUAAGGGUGCUACGGCCUCUCAAAACCAUCAAACGUCUUCCCAAGCUAAAAGCUGUGUUUGACUGUGUAGUCAACUCUCUGAAGAACGUUUUGAACAUCCUCAUUGUCUACAUGCUGUUCAUGUUCAUCUUUGCCGUGGUGGCCGUGCAGCUCUUUAAGGGACGAUUCUUCUACUGCACCGAUGAGUCCAAAGAGUUUGCCCGUGAUUGCAGGGGCGAAUAUUUGGUGUACGAGCGUGAUAACGAGGUGAAGUCGCAGAAGCGGGAGUGGAAGAAGUACGAUUUCCACUACGACAACGUGCUUUGGGCCCUGCUUACUCUCUUUACUGUGUCCACUGGAGAGGGCUGGCCGCAGGUGUUGAAACACUCGGUGGACUCUACAUAUGAGAACCAGGGCCCGAGCCCGGGGUACCGGAUGGAAAUGUCCAUCUUUUACGUGGUGUACUUCGUUGUCUUCCCCUUCUUCUUCGUAAACAUCUUCGUAGCUCUCAUCAUCAUCACCUUCCAGGAGCAAGGAGACAAGAUGAUGGAGGACUACAGCCUUGAAAAGAAUGAGAGAGCCUGUAUUGAUUUUGCUAUAAAUGCCAAACCUCUAACACGCCACAUGCCCCAGAACAAGCAAAGUUUUCAGUACCGAAUGUGGCAGUUUGUGGUAUCGCCUCCAUUUGAGUACAGCAUCAUGGCUCUCAUUGCGCUCAACACAAUCGUCCUAAUGAUGAAGUACAACGACGCCUCAAAGGCAUAUGAUGAAGUCCUGAAGAACCUGAACAUUGUGUUCACCAUACUGUUCUUCAUGGAGUGUGUUCUGAAAAUCAUUGCCUUUGGCCCCCAAAAUUAUUUCCGAGACGCAUGGAAUAUUUUUGACUUCGUGUCUGUUCUCGGCAGCAUCACAGAUAUUUUAGUGACAGAGCUAGGGAAUAACUUCAUAAACCUGAGUUUUCUGAGACUCUUCCGAGCAGCCCGUCUCAUUAAGCUCUUGAGGCAGGGCGAGACCAUUCGCAUUCUGCUUUGGACCUUCGUUCAGUCCUUUAAGGCUCUGCCAUAUGUGUGCCUGCUCAUUGCAAUUCUGUUCUUCAUCUAUGCCAUCAUCGGCAUGCAGUUGUUUGGGAACUUGGCUUUGGAUGAAGAGGGAGAGAGUGCCAUCAACGAACACAACAACUUUAGAACCUUCAUCAUGGCCCUUAUGCUCCUCUUUAGGAGUGCCACGGGCGAGGCUUGGCAUGAGAUCAUGCUGGCAUGUCUGGGAGGGAUGCCGUGUGAUCCAGACUCUGGAAAUGAGGGGCAAGAGUGUGGCAGCAACUUUGCCUAUGCUUAUUUUGUCUCUUUCAUCUUCCUCUGUUCUUUCCUGAUGCUGAAUCUCUUUGUUGCUGUCAUCAUGGAUAACUUUGAGUACCUGACCCGGGACUCUUCCAUCCUGGGUCCACAUCAUUUGGAUGAGUAUGUCAGAAUAUGGGCUGAGUACGACCCAGCAGCCUGCGGGCGCAUUCAUUAUAAGGAUAUGUACAGUUUAUUGCGGGUUAUCGACCCCCCACUGGGCUUAGGCAAGAAAUGUCCUCAUAGGGUGGCCUGCAAGAGACUGCUGCGUAUGGACCUACCUGUUGCUGAUGACAACACCGUACAUUUCAACUCCACUCUGAUGGCCCUGAUCCGCACAGCCCUGGACAUCAAAAUUGCCAAGGGAGGCGCAGACAAACAUCAAAUGGACGCGGAGCUCCGUAAAGAAAUGAUGGCGAUUUGGCCAAAUCUCUCCCAGAAGAACCUGGAUCUGCUGGUAACGCCACACAAGUCAGCAACAGACCUGACGGUGGGCAAGAUCUACGCCGCCAUGAUGAUCAUGGAGUACUACCAGCAGAGCAAGGCCAAAAAGCUGCAGGCACUUCGUGAAGAACAGAACCGAACGCCAUUAAUGUUUCAGCGUUUGGAGCCAUACCCGAACCACGAAGGUGGACAGGGGCUGAACGGCCUCCCCGAGUUACCGCAGCAACCUGUCAACAGCAUACCUCCAGAGAGUGGGAUGAGUGAGAGCCAGUCAUGGGUGACGUCACAUGCCCAGGAAAUGUUCCAGAAGCCUGUUCCGGAAAACUGGAACCCAGACAGACCAUAUCCGGAAGAUCACCAUGAAAGCCGGCACAAUCCACAGACGGUAGAAAUGAGAGAGAUUGGGCCUGUUGGGGACGGUUACACGGACACUGAGCCCUAUCACCCAAUGGAAGGGCAUGGGCGGACCAUCUCCAUGCCACGCCUCUCAGCAGACAACCAACGACGGAGACACAGGCCGCGAGGAAGUAACCUCAGUACCAUCACAGACACAAGUCCAAUGCGGCGCUCUACGUCCUCAUUGGUCCACGGACGUUCGGGUCGAGGCGUGCGAUUGGAUGAUUACUCUCUGGAGCGGGUGGUGUCAGAGGAAGGUCACAGACAUGGUCCACGAAGGAGAGAAAGAGAGCGGGAAAGAGAUCGCAGUCACCGCACCUCAGAGAGAUCCCUCACCCGCUAUACAGACGCAGACACAGGUUUGGGCACGGAUCUUAGCACCACUACACAGUCAGGUGACCUUCCAACUAAAGAGAGAGAACGAGAGCGGGGUCGAGCAAAAGACCGCCGCCACCACCAUCAUCAUCACCACCACAGCUCGGUGGAUAAGGAACGGUAUAAUCAUGAGCGGGACUACCAUCGGCAUCCUCACGACAGAUGCGAUCGCCACUGGUCUCGCUCACCGAGUGAGGGCAGAGGUCACAGACAGGGCAGUAGUUCCGUGAGCGGGAGCCCGGUUCCCUCGACGUCAGGGACCAGCACCCCCCGGCGUGGCCGUCGGCAGUUGCCCCAGACCCCGUCCACACCACGCCCUCACAUCACCUACUCCCCCGCCGUUCGCAAGCCUCCAUACGGCUCACCAGGACAGGGUCGACUCCGCUCCCCUUCCCCACGCCACUUCUCCCCGCCGGGACACGAGCCGCCCUACCACUGCCCGCCCUCGCCCCAUCAGGGCUCGCCCCGGCACGCCUCCCCGCGCUCCCCCAGGCACGCGUCACCCAGAUCCCCGCGCCAUGGCCGGUGGGGCCCUCUGCCGGACAGCCUGGAGAGCGAAGGACCAUUCUACGACCAGGACUAUGAAUACGAGCGCCACCACGAGCCACCCGCCUACGAGCAGAGUCUGUCGCAGGGCAACCCUCACCCUCAUUCACACCCGCACCCCCGCUCACCAAGGACUGCUCGUCAGGGGCCUCCCCCCCACCUGCGCCGCAUGCCUAACGGUUACCGUUCCUCCUCGCCCUCCCCGCACCGCCGCGGCCCCCACCCGGGCCCGAAUCGGCCGCCUCGUGGCUGUGGGCCCCGGAAGGGGCUGCACGAACCCUAUAGCGAGACGGACGAGGAUGAUUGGUGCUAGUGCAUAGGGUGACCAGGAGGGGGCGCCACUCAUUGUAAGCCAACUCGUGUCAAGAUGUUUAUGCACCGCAGCCGGGAGAGAGGGGGUGGAAGGGGACGUGGAAUGGAAGGACGUGCACACAGGCACCUCCAAAAAGAACUCCAAACAGAGCUCCCCUACUCCCUCUCUCUCUAUUUGCCUUCUCCUGCUCUCUGGACUACAUUUCCCAUGAUGCAAGGGAAUGUUUUUGGGAGCAUAUGAGAGAAAUGUGGGGUUUAGAUGGUCUUGGUUUCAGUGAUUUUGUGUUUGAACGCUCUGCCCAGACUGAGCAAGACCAGUUGCUUCUUGUUGAUGAAAAAAAGCUCCUCUCUCAAUCAAAAAGGAAUUUUGCAAAUGAAGCCAGAACCUCUUUUUUUCCCUCACAUCUAUGCCUCUUGAAAAGCCCCCCCAAAAAAAAAUGAAAGUAAAUCAAAGACUUGGACGAAAAAAAAGUGCUCUUUUAAACACAAGAGCUCUACCUACUGCAAAACCAGCUCCUGCGCUGGCCGAUAUUGAUGAGUUUUAUCAUCUUCGUUUACUGUUACCAACUCAAAUUGCUGAGUGACCUCAUCACCCGGGGGAGGGGUUCACUGUAGAAGAGGCGUGGCAUAUACAAGGACCCAAGAGGAGGCCGAUGGGCAGCCCCGCCCACAAACUGCCACUCAGACCUGACAAGAAGGUGGCAGAAAAGAAUGAAAUGGCAUAAGAGGGAGGGACGGAAAGACUAUUUCCUCUUCAGAAUGUCUUCAAUUGAUUACUUCUUAUUUUUGAACAUUUGGAGCUUGGUUGUUUUGUUGCAUUUGCUCAGCUUUCUUUGAUAUUUUUGGACUAAAAUCUGAUGGAAACU